AUGACGCGAGGGGAUCAAGAACCACCUGCUAAUGCACGAAUCCAUGAAGAUGCCGAAGCAGCUGACACAGACCCUCCUCCAGCAGCGCCCGAGAUAGAACCUGAAAGACUUGUGGAAAUACCACAAGAUAUUCCUCAGCGUCCUGCACGGAACCGUCGUCCACCCUCAACAUUGAACUACGCUUCGCUGGGUAACCCGUAUGUGUCAUGCAUGCAAACCACGGAUCCAAGCGUAUUUGUCCCACCAAUGAUGCCCUGGCCCCCUCCCCUUUGCCACCCUUUUCCCUGUUGGACUAACCCUGUAUACCACCACCCAAGUAUCAUGUACUAUGGGACACCGUAUCUGUCAUUUUAGAAAGAAAAACGGUGACGAUCCCUUUAUAUUAUGUUAACGAAUGAACAAUAUAAAUUUAAAGAUAUGUUACACAAAAAGAAGAAGAAAAAAACAACUUGUUAAGUUUUUCUACGGAUUAGCAUAAAGAAGAUAAAUGAAUUAUCUUGUUAUUAAGUCUUAAUAGUGAAAGGCAAUAAGGACGUAAACAGAUUGAUCACCCUAGUAUAAAGCAGAUAUUUAAAUUAUAACGUCUUGGCGGACAUUUUAAGUGGGAGAGAAUGUGAGAGUUACUGACCCUACCUUGCACCGGUUAUAGGAUGGUGUCACGUGACGUCAAACUGUGAACACGUUGUUCAGAAGUGCGAAGGAAAAUUGUAAAAACUUUCAAGUUGAAAUAACAAAAAAUAUUAAUAAUUUAUCGUUGUUUUCUUUAAUCGUUUGAUCAUUUAGCAUCUGUAACAUUAUACAUGCUGGUCUUUGUACGUAUAGAGAAGAAUUCAAUGUGCACGAUGCACUUGAAGAUGUUAGUAUUGAAAACACAAACAAAAGAACAUAUUGA